AACCGUCGCGACUCACUAACGCCUGACGCCGCACAUUGCACUCGUGUCAAUGUGUGCGUGUGUGCGUCACGUAUAUUUAAGCACGGGGAGUGUAUAUUUGUUAACGUGUGUGUAUCAGUUGAGUCUGCUAUCGGUAGACUGCUAGUGCCACUGCCAAUUGCCGUUGACGCUACCGCAGUAGUAAAAUGCUGUUUUGUCCGUCCGGUCGGUUUACUCACAGCUGAGCAUUACGCGUAAAAUGGCGUCGCACACCACGACGACGAUCGCACAUUUGGCGGCCGUCGGCGCCACCGCGGCGGGCCCUGUAGCUAACAACGUGUGGCCCAACACUAGGGAUGACUAUGAGUUACGUGAAGUGAUCGGUGUUGGAGCUACUGCAACUGUUCAUUGUGCUUACUGUAAACCUCGUCAAGAAAAAUGUGCUAUAAAAAAAAUUAAUUUGGAAAAAUGGAAUACUAGCAUGGAUGAGUUAACCAAAGAAAUUCAAGCUAUGUCAUGGUGUCAGCAUGAAAAUGUGGUAACUUAUCAUACAAGUUUUGUUGUUGGAGAUGAAUUAUGGCUUGUGUUGCGUCUUUUGGAAGGUGGAUCAUUGCUUGAUAUAUUAAAACACAAAAUGAGAACAAGUGAUUGCCGUCAUGGUGUACUUGAUGAAGCAACAAUUGCUACAGUUUUGAGAGAAGUGUUGAAAGGAUUGGAGUAUUUCCAUUCUAAUAGUCAAAUUCAUAGGGACAUAAAGGCUGGUAACAUUCUUUUAGGUGAGGAUGGUACAGUACAAAUAGCUGAUUUUGGAGUUAGUGCAUGGCUAACAACAGGAUACGAUACUAAUCGCCAGAAAGUUCGGCAUACAUUUGUCGGUACCCCUUGUUGGAUGGCACCUGAAGUCAUGGAACAGGUACACACGGAUCAUGGAUACGAUUUCAAAGCAGACAUUUGGUCACUAGGUAUUACUGCAAUAGAAUUAGCCACUGGUACAGCACCAUAUCAUAAAUAUCCACCAAUGAAAGUCUUGAUGUUGACUUUGCAGAAUGAUCCACCAACAUUGGAUACAGGUGCUGAUCAUAAAGAUCAGUAUAAAGCAUAUGGAAAGACAUUUCGAAAACUUAUUACUGAUUGUUUACAAAAAGAUCCAACAAAAAGACCAACAGCCACUGAACUAUUAAAACAUCCAAUUUUUAAAAAAGCAAAAGAUAAAAAAUACUUGCAAUCCACUCUUAUAGCUAUUGGCCCAAGUUUAGAAACAAGAGUUCAAAAGGUAAUAUAUUAAAAUCUAAAAUGUUUA